CGUGUCAGCGUGCUGGGCUCUGGUUCUAUCUCGUCAAAGUAAACCCACGCUUCCGCGCAGCCCCCGACGGCAAUUGCUCCUGCAAUGGCUCCUCCACAAGUCAAGCUUCGGGCGCAGACAUCAGUCAAGGCUAGGCGCGGGUUUUUGGAACUGACGGCGUCUGGUGGGACGAUGGGUGCGCCGACAGAGGCCCGCGAGCCAACCGUCUCGAUGAAUGACAGGUCAGAGACAAGCAACAAGAAACGGGUUGUUCCGCCGCCCUUUGUCGGUUCCUAG